CACAUACUGUUUGUGGUCCACACACAUUGACUCACACAUGUCUAAUAGGACCAGUCAUGUCUGCUUGAAUUCCCCACCUGUUGGGAAGCGGGUGAUGGGUUUGAGUUCAGCUCUGAACUUUGCUUACUUCCCCUAAACCAGCCGAUGUCCAGCCAAAGCCAGCUUACUCUACGUUGUCUAAGCGCCCCCUGUUGUCUGUACAGUAGUUUUGCAGCUGAUCUGCUUACUGUCAUGUCUCAAUAUUACCAAUUGGAUAAGAAAGACUCCCUGGACCUCCAUGAUAGUCCUCCUGUUCCUGACAACAUAAUGAAGGAGGAUAACACAGUCUACUUUAUCUGCGAUGAAGAGUUGGAGGAAGAAGAGAAAGAGAAGCCUCCACCUCUGGAACCAGUCAAGCCCAUCAAUAAUAAACCCCACAAGUUUAAAGAUCAUUAUUGCAAAGAGCUCCAAUUCUGUGACGUGUGUGCACGCAUGAUUGUUCUUAACAAUAAAUUUGCACUGAGGUGUAAAAACUGCAAGACCAAUAUUCAUCAUCAGUGUCAGAGCUACGUCGAAUUCCAGGAGUGCUUUGGGAAAAUUCCUCCAGGAUUUAGACGGGCCUACAGCUCUCCUCUCUACAGCAGUCAGCAGAAUGCCACGAUUAAAGAGCUGCUUCCGUUCUCACAAUCUAACCGUACUGACCCAGUCUUUGAGACACUGCGUAUCGGAGUUAUAAUGGCUAAUAAGGAAAGGAAGAAAGGAUUAGAAGGUCAGAAAAAAAACAUGAUGAUGAUGGAAGAAGAGGAAUCCCAACCUAAAGCAGAGGAAGAGGAAGGAGAGAACUGUAGCCAAGAGAUGGAAAAGAAGGACAGAAGCACAGAUGAUAAGAUGAAACAGCCUCAGUUGGGUAAACUUGGAGUCUUCUCUCAGUCACACUACUACUUGGCCCUGUAUUGUUUUAAAGCCAUUGAGAAAGAUGACGUGGACCUGCAUCCUGGGGAUCAUGUUACAGUGCUAGAUGAUUCCAAUGAGGAGUGGUGGAGAGGUAGAGUUGGAGAGAAAUCUGGAUUCUUCCCGGCAAACUACAUUAUCCGUGUGCGCUCAGGGGAGAGUGUGUACAAGGUCACACGCUCCUUUGUGGGGAAUCGCGAGAUGGGCCAAAUCACACUAAAAAAAGACCAGAUUGUGGUGAAGAAAGGAGAGGAGGUCAAUGGCUAUAUGAAGGUCAGCACUGGGCGCAAGCUUGGCUUUUUCCCUGCAGACAUUCUUCAGGAGAUCUGAGUGUGUGUGUGUGUGUGUGUGUGUGUGUGUGUGUGUGUGUGUGUGUGUGUGUGUGUGUGUGUGUGUGUGUGUGUGUGUGUGUGUGUGUGUGUGUGUGUGUGUGUGUGUGUGUGAGAAACAUACAGUGUAUCUGUAUGUGCUUAUCUCAAUGAAUAACAUAAUUCAUGUUUGCUUGCUUUGGGUUGUUGUGGCUUACGUGUUUUAACACAAAAAAGCUGAUUAAGAUUGGGGCAGUCGUGUCCUAAUGGUUAGAGAGGCUGACUCGUAACCUGAAGGUUGUGUGUUCGAGUCUUGGGCCGGCCCACGACUGAGGCACUGAACCCCCCAACUGCUCCCUGGGCGCCGCAGCAUAAAUGGCUGCCCACUACUCCGGGUGUGUGUUCACGGUGUGUGUGCACUUUGGAUGGGUUAAAUGCAGAGACCAAAUUCUUAGUAUGGGUCACCGUACUUAGCCGCAUGUCACGUCACAUUAAACAUUUGAACAUGAUCCAUUUCCUGAAAAAGUUUCAGCACAUUUAAGCACGUGUGUGUAUUGAGGAGACAUGUAAAUAGUUAGUAAUAGUUAUUCACAAUCCCUGAAUUGAUCUUAAUCUUUGGUUGCUUUCUGUGUGCAUGUUUUUCCUCCCACUUGGGAAAAGAUUUGUAUGUUCUCUGUGCCUUUUUAUGUUUUACACAAGCUAUCAUUAGCUGGCUUGCUUGUUAACACCGACUCCAUGUAAUGAUGAUGUGAGGUGAAGUAAAAUUGAUUCCAUUUUGACUUCACUGGCAGACAUUAUUUCUAAAAGCAACUGCUAUUUAUUGAUUUUCUUUAUAAUUAAAAUUUUGGAUGCAGCAAAUGUUCACUGUAAAGAUUCGGUUCAUAGCAUCAGUGAUUAUCGUCAUUACUGUCCACCUUGUUUUAUUACCUGAGUUAAGUCACCUGUCUCUGCCUGCUCUUAUACUGAUGCUCAAAUAGAUGCUGAUUGUAAAUAAGUAAAUUCUGCAAAAUUUCUCA